UCUCAUUCUCCCCAUUAUUCACCCAACAUGGAUGCCGUCUCUUUUCCAAUCCUCCGUCUACCACAAUCUGCACUCAAAAAUGCUCUGCGACAAAUGUGCCUAAUGGAACAUCUAUUCCUAUCAGUUCUCUCGACAAAAGCAAAGCAACAUAUUACAAUGUUCAACGAAGUUCAACAGGAUGUUUCAUUAAUCGUGAGGUCGUCAGAGUUUAUUUUCACCCUUCAGUCUAAAAAAAAUUAUUAUGAUCUUCAUAUUAAUUUUAAACUGUCGAAUGUGAAAAUCAGCAAACUAUUUUUUCCUGGACACGUAUUCACCACUAUAUCUGUACCUGAAUUUACCGCGAAACAGUGGAUCGACCAUAUUGGAAGUGUAUUCUUGAAGAACGCAAGUUUGGCAUUGUUAGUUCAAAAUCCAGAAAAAAGAAUGUUAGAAGAACGUUAUGAAUACAUUGAAGAAUUUCGAAUUGUUAAUUUGGAAAUUCACUCUGCUGAGAUUCAAGAUAUUCCGCUUUAUGAAAUGUUUCCGUUACUGAAGUGUUUGAGUUUUGUGAACGUUCCAAAAAGUAAAUCGAUUCUCAUUCAGAAUCUGGAAGAAUUACAAUUUAACGUUUCAAAAGUUACACUUAACGAGAUAGUACUUGUCAACUGUUCCACAAUUACCAUAGACAAUCAAGUAAUUUCCGACAAGAACUUGAAUCUUUUCAUAAAGCAUUGGAUUAAAGGAUCCAACUGCCAACUCAAAUCGUUUGAGUACCACAUUCGGCCAACCGAAAGACUGCGAUUUGUGGAAGUUUCACUUUUUGAAGGUAUCGGUUACAUGGAAAAAGAAGAGGAUGAUCACUGGAAACGAUUCGAAAUCAAGAGAAACGACGGAACAAAAGCGACUGUCUUAUUAUCAAAAACCGAUUACAUUUCGUUUGUCAUGUGUGUCUCGCCGGUGGUUUUAACAGACUUGCCGGCUUUUAAGAUAUAUCAGUAGAAAAUUCAAUAAAAACUCAAAUCUCAUUAAUUUCUUUUCUGAAAUGCCUAGUUAAUUGAGCAGUCAAAAUUUAAGUAUAUCCCCAGUUGAUCCAGUUGAUGCUCCACUGUUGUCUCUUUUUUUCAAAUCAAAAACUUCUGACAUUAUAAAUCUCCAUAUAUGUACGUUUUUAAUAUUUGUUUUCCUUCAUUUAUAAAUUUUCUGUAAUGAUCUGUAAUGCCAAGUGGAUGAUGAGUUGGUAAUAUUAAAAUAAAUUAAAAUGAAUAAAUGUUU